GCUGCGCGUCAGAUCGCUGUCAGAGCUUGUCUCGUGAGGACGUAGUGUAGUCUUUGCAGAGUUAGCUAGUAAAUUCGGCGUUAAAAAUCGUAGGAAAUCGAGCUCUGAAUUCCCGGUAAUCAAAGAAGACACAGAGCUACAUAGAGAGGAAACACGAUAACGCGUUUUGGCAGAUAUACGCAGAAGUCAGGUAACGCAGACCGGUGGUAGAAAGACAAAGGGAAUCGAGAAGCCGCACACGCCGCGUUUCAAAGCCGAAAAAUGGCCGAAGAGAAAAAUGAGACCAGCCCGACCGUAGAGGGGGAUAAAACGGGCCAGGAUAUAGCAGCGAAGGACGAGAACGAGGCGAAAAAUGAAAAAACCGAGGGACAGAAGGAGUCCGCGGAUGAGAAAAAGGCCGAGGAGAACGGGGACGGCGAAAAAUCUAAAGAAAACGGCGAGGAGAAGCCGUCGCCCGAGCCGAAAGACAUGCGGGCUAUCGUUCUCAACGGUUUUGGCGGAUUGAAGAGCGUCAAGGUUCUUCGCAAGCCCGAACCGGCGCUCGGCGAGGGCGAGGUUCUUAUUCGCGUCAAAGCAUGCGGUCUCAAUUUCCAAGAUCUCAUGGCACGACAGGGGGCGAUAGAUUCUUUACCGAAAACCCCGUUCAUUAUGGGCGUCGAGUGCGCCGGUGACAUCGAACAGGUUGGCGAAGGUGUCGAGAACUUCAAGGUGGGUGACAGGGUCGUGGCUUUGCCGGAUCACAGGGCGUGGGCAGAACUAGUCGCGGUACCUGCCACGUCCGUAUUCGCGCUCCCCGACGGCAUGAGCUACCUGGACGCAACUACGAUCACGAUGAACUACACGGUUGCUUACAUACUGCUGUUCGAGUUGGCGAAUCUCUCCCCGGGGAAAAGUCUUUUGGUACACAGCGCCGGCGGUGGUGUGGGCCAAGCGGUUGUUCAAUUAGCGAAAACUGUGAAGGAUGUCGUAAUUUUCGGAGUAUGCAGUAAGUCUAAACACGAGGCUCUGAAAGAAGCUGGAACCAUUGAUCACUUGUUGGAACGAGGACCUGAUUACAGCGCAGAAGUGAGAAAGGUUUCUCCAGAAGGAGUAGAUAUCGUUUUGGAUUGCAUGUGUGGCGAAGAAUGCAACAGAGGAUAUGCUCUACUUAAACCGAUGGGGAAAUAUAUCCUGUACGGUUCAAGCAACCUUGUAACUGGCGAAACUAAGAGCUUGUUUUCGGCUGCCCGAUCCUGGUGGCAAGUCGACAAGGUGUCUCCUCCAAAAUUGUUCGAUGAAAACAAAUCUAUUUCCGGUUUCAAUUUACGUCAUCUGAUGCAUCAACACGGCGGACAGGGUUUCGUUAGACAAGCCGUUGAGAAAGUGUACAAAUUAUGGGCUGACGGAAAGAUAAAACCAGUUGUGGAUUCUACUUGGGCAUUAGAAGACGUCCCAGAAGCCAUGCAGAAGAUGCAUGACCGGAAAAAUAUUGGAAAGAUUGUUUUGGAUCCUAGCCUGGAACCCAAACCGAAACCAGCUACGCCCGCCAAGGGUAAGGCAAAGGAAAAGAAGGCUGCGAUCGUUGACGAUAAAAAGGCUUCUAGUGUGGAAUCAACUGAUGGCGAUAAGAAGAAGGAACCAGAACUGACUAACGGAACAUCGGAAGACAAAUCAGACACCGAUUCCAAAGAAAAAGAAUCGAGUUGAAUCAGCAGUGUCAGCUAAUCUACUAAUUAAAAAGACCUGCACACGAUUGUCUGUGAAAAGUAAGAAUAAUCUUGUAAUGUUAAAAAGUUUCAUCACAGAUUGAAAAAAAAUAUGUUAUUAUAUUGGGCUGCUAAGUUUAAUCAAAAAGACUCGUUAAGCGUCAUGCAAAUAUUUUAUCGAUAAAUUUCUGUCUAAUGGAAAAGUUGUAAAAUCAAUAAAAGCAGCACCCCGCUAUGAUCAAUAUCAAUUACAGAUUAAAAUCCGUGGGGUGUGCUACAUUUCUGUAAGAUAUUAGCUUAAAAGGAGUGUAUCCAACGAUUUGUUUCUAACUUGUAAAACAGAAGCAUGCAACAUUACAAAAUGAAAAAAACAUGCCAGAAUCGUUAUUCUAAAUCGCUUCAAAUUUAUUACACAGACACAUAUUCAUCUACUAAAAGGGUGGACUCCUAUAUCCAAUUGAAGAUUUGCUACCUAUAAAAACAAAUCAACCAAAUAUCAAUUGACGUGGUCCAUGUUAGUCUCUAACGUAAAUAUCAAUUUUAUUUUUAAUACCUAUAUUUUAAUUUUUGCAUACCUAUCUUGUAAUUUGAAUAAUAUAUGAUGAUGUAUCGAGGUUUGAAUCACUUGAAUUUAAAAACUAAGCUGUGUGCGAGAGAUUGAAAAACAUUUCACAUGGUGGCAGCAUUCAUGUUUCAUACAUACACAUUAUUAUACAUACACCCAUGCAUAUUAUAUUGCCUUGAGCCACAGUUCGAGUACACAUACCAAAGUUUUGACGCGUUAUGAACAUUGUAUACAAAAUUACAAGCUUUUUAAUAGUGAAUUUUUCAAAUCCUGAUUAUUAUUCCUAUGAUACUGUCAUUGCCAUUUUUACAAUAAAUUGCUCAGUUUUGAUAUAAAUACAUAACUACUUGAAACAUAGUUGAUCGUGGCCACUGUGUGUGUUUACCUGGGCUACAUUUCAAUUUCAAUUCUAUAGAACAAGCGUUUCGAAAUCAUCUGAAUUGUCGCGUUUUGCAGACACUAAUAAUCUUUCAAAACUUUUUUCCUACUUUUAUCCAAGGUACACGCAUGCAAACAAUAUUAUUUCACAAAUAAGAAUUGAAACGUAGCUCAAUGUAUGAAUGAGCCUUGAGAAACUUAGAAUCUUAUAGAAGCAUGUAGUAGAAGUGCUGCACAAGAAAACGUAAAUAAUAGUUACUGCGUGGAUAUUUAUCUUUAUAAGUCAAACUUUAACCAUUUGGCGCUCUAAUUAACGGUCUCCUGGUGACCCGAAGGUUUUAAUAACCAACGAAUUAUUCGAACUCUCUAAAAAUCGUGAUUGUAUCAAAUUAUUUUACGUGGAAAGUUAUAUGGUAAAGUCGCUUUCAAAAAAAGCUGAAAUUACAUAUUGAGAUUUUAAUUUCAUAUGAAAAUUAAUCUCACAUUUUUCGACAUAAUCCUGCGAUUAGUUACUUGACAAGAAAAAUCUUAUUCCGUUAUUUUCAUCACUUCAUACAAAUUUUAUUUACCAUUAUUGCACGUAAACACGUGCACGUAGAAUCCAAUUAGCAUAAGAUAUUUUAGCUAGGACACAAGAAUGAAAAAUUACGCAAAUUUACCGCCAAAAAUAUUUGUUACUCAAUUUCUUGUAAUUUGUAAUUCUUAGUUAGUCAAUAUUAUUCGGUAUACACAUUCACUAUAAAUUUUCACGGCGAGUAAAUAAUUAGAUAAUAUGCCUAACGUCUAUUCCUAUACAUCGACUAAAUUCAGUUUUUGCGAUAUGUAGUACAUUUCAAUGGUGAUAAAAAAGUAAACGCGAUUAAUUCAAAGCUGAGUAUUACGAAUACCAUGCAACUAAACAUAACAAUAAUGUCUGAAAAAACAACUAUUCAUAUGUUUGGUAAUUCAUGUUAACGUUGUAAACCUGAUAUCUCUUGUAACUAUUGAAAUGUAUAAUGUAUUCAAUUAAUUUUUAAUAAGAACACAAGUGCAUAUCUUGACAAGGAACAUCGGAUCAAUUUUCUAUAGCCAGUUUAGUGAAUUUGAUACUACUAAUGCUGUACUUUAAAAAAUAUCUACCAAUUUUUGAAUAUUCCUAUAUAUAUACAUAUAUAUGUGUGUGUAUAUAAAUAGUUAUAUUAAAACGCUAUGCUAGCAGUAAAAAAGUAUAUGUAUAAUAAUUUAAUUUGAAAAAAGUGAAAAAAGAGGAAAUUUGCCAAUACACAGUAAUCGCGGCUACAUGUUUGAAUGAUAAAAAAAUAUAUACAACACACAAUGUAAAUUUUACGUAAGGCUUUAAAUGUUUCAUCAAAUACCUAUCUAUUAUAAUAUAAUAUAUCUAUAUAUUUGUAUCAACUAUCUUCUCUAUUUUAGUUUAUAGACUAAGGAUAUGGUCGAAGAAAGAGUUUUUAGGAACAGUAUUUAUAUCCAAUGUAUGUAAACAACAAAACCUUUGAUAGCUUGAGCAUAGUUUUAUAAUCAUGUAGUGCGUUUCGUGUAUAAUUUUUUCGGAACAACUGCAGGCACGUAGAUACAUAGAUGUUUUACAUACAUAGAGAAGUUUAACACACUCCUGUUCUGAUGUCACUACAAAGUCUGAGGUGUAUAAAUAAAAAAAAGUUUGGCACUCUUUCUACCGCUGUAUUCUUAGAUGAAGAAAGGCGAUAAUAAUACCAUGAUAUUAAUUUACGAUGUAUACAGCUAGCUUCAAAUUGAAUUUGUCGCAGAGGAAAAACGUAUUUGAUCACAUAUUUUGUAAUUUGCUGAGAUAAUUUCAUAUUUUUUCUAAAUUAUUAUCUAAGAAUACGUAUUUUUAAUGUAGUUAAUUAUUAUAUUUGAAACCAGCUGUAGAAUUAUAAACAGUAUGAAGGAAGAUCUUCAGUUUUUAAUAAAAUGUACAAUAUAACACGGAUAUGUUUAAUUAUUUUUUUUUUUUUUUUUUGUUUGCAAACUAGCAUAUUUUAUUCACGCCAAAACGUUGUAUAAAUUUGAUUUUAUUCUAGGUUUCAGGAUUUUUGGCAACUCAGAAUCCAGUCAAUGAAAUUUAAGUUGCCAAUGGUAACUCAUGAUAUACAUGUAUAAGGUGUAAAAUUUAUCCAUGGAGCGGAUAAAAUUAUACCGUUGCAAAAAUGAUGUAUCUUUUGGAACCAGAAUGAAUUUGAAAAAUAUCUUUCAUUUGCUCCAAACAGCUUAAUAUGAAGAUUGUAUUUUGGCUUAUUAUUGUAAGACUGACUAUGUUGCUAUAUUAAAGAUUGCUUCAAAAACA